UAUGGCCACUAUGUAUUCACUUCCUUCAAAAUUAGUGCUCUCUGAUUCCUUCUCUUUCUCUCUGUUCUCAUCUUCUGCCUACUUUUUUUUUUCCUUUCUUUUCUCUCUCCUAUUCUGCAUUUCUUGUUUUGAUUUGGAUUUUCUUCUUUUGCCUUUGUAAUCUGUCCAAACCUCUCUAUCUUUUUCAAACCAAGCAUUAUUCCAUUACGUCUCUUCUGCUCCUUUUUGUUUUCAACACCCCCAUUUUCCUUCUUAUCUCUCUAUCUCUUCUUUUUAGCACCAUUCCCUCAAAAGCUCUCUGGUUUUUUAUCUCUGCAAUUCCUUCAUAAAAAAAAAGGGUUCAACACAAAUGAAGAAGGUUGUGUUGAAGGUGGAUUUGCAUGAUGACAAAGCCAAGCAAAAGGCUUUAAAGACAGUCUCAACUCUUUCAGGAAUUGACUCCAUUGCCAUGGAUAUGAAGGCAAAGCAAUUGACAGUGAUUGGAACAGUUGAUCCUAUAAACGUGGUGAGCAAAUUACGCAAGUACUGGCCUACUGACAUAGUAUCAGUAGGGCCAGCAAAAGAGCCAGAGAAGAAGGAGGAGCCAAAGAAGGAAGAACCCAAGAAAGAGGAGGAAGCAAAGAAAGAAGAACCCAAAAAAGAAGAGGAGCCGAAGAAAGAAGAGCCUAAGAAGGAAGAGGCAAAGAAAGAAGAACCCAAGAAAGAGGAAGAGAAGAAGGAAGAAGAGAAAAAGCCACAGCCACCUCCAGACCCUGUUAUGGAGCUUGUCAAGGCCUACAAACAAUACAAUCCUCACAUGACCACUUACUACUAUGUUCAAAGCAUGGAAGAGAAUCCAAAUGCUUGUGUUAUUUGUUGACUAGGCUUUGGCAAGAACAAUGAUGAGGGGAAAAAGAUAGCUUUUUCUCAAAUUGGUGAUGGAUUUGAAUGUCAUCAAUGAGAAUAGGAGGUGAACCAAAGAAGAGAACUCCUUUGUAUAUAGAUGGUGAUGCCUCAUUAAUCCUUUUUUUCAUAUGUAUAAGUAAUAUGUGUUGUGUAGAGACUAGAGUGAAUAAAUGAAAUUUUGGAAUUUGUUUUGAACCCCAUCAA